CUUUUUUCCUUCGUGGGAAGCCAUGAUGGCAGUUUGAGAGCGGAGCUACGGAGCACCCUGAGAAGAGAUGAGUCCCGCCGACAAACCGCACAUCUUUUCGCUUCUUCAACGACCACCUUCGCAUCUAACUUACGGUUAAAGUGGAGACUGUCCGUAGUCAUUUUUCACGGAACUACACUGACCAUCCAGCGACGACGAUGAUCAUUCGUUAGGAGGGUUUUUUUGAGGGGGUUUAGCUGUGGUGGCUAGCGGGCGAUGCUAGUCGGGAAAGGCUCGCCUGUGUGUUGUCUUCUUCGCGCAGAGAUGGAGAGGAUUCGCUCCUCUCUCUGGACCUGAUCACGGCGCGCGCGCCUGACACACAGACUUCUGCCUUAUUGUUGCUAUUAUAUUGGAUGCGUUCCAGUUUGACGGGACCGCAGGAUCGGAGGACCUUUUCAGCUGCUCGGAGGACUGCGCGAUCGAGACCGGGAGAGUGGGGCCUGCUGCGCCGGAGCGGAUAGAGGCCCGUCUGCGUGAAGCCCGAAUUCGGCCCGCUGCGCGAGACCAACCGGGCCAGUCCGCGCGCGCACUCGUACAUACAUAUAUAUAUAUAUAUAUACACUCUCGAGGGUGAGAAAGGGACAGAGCCAUCCCGAGUAAAAAUAACCCCUUUCUCUCUAACAAUAAAUCAGGAAUAAACUGAAGUGCUUUGAACUGCUGUCAUGGAGUUCAAAGCAAAAAUUAAAGAAAUAGUCAGUCGGAAUAAGAGGAGGUACCAGGAAGAUGGAUUCGAUUUGGACCUGACAUACAUCUACCCAAACAUCAUUGCCAUGGGCUUUCCCGCCGAACGGUUGGAGGGAGUUUACAGAAACAACAUUGAUGACGUGGUGCGGUUUUUGGAUUCAAAACACAAGAACCAUUAUAAAAUCUAUAACCUAUGUGCUGAACGACACUAUGAUGCAUCUAAAUUCAACUGCAGGGUGGCACAGUAUCCAUUUGAGGACCACAACCCGCCUCAGCUUGAGUUAAUAAAGCCCUUCUGCGAGGAUCUUGACCAGUGGUUGUCCGAGGACGAGAACCAUGUGGCCGCCAUCCACUGUAAAGCCGGUAAAGGUCGCACUGGGGUCAUGAUCUGUGCCUAUCUUUUACAUCGCAAGAAGUUCAUAGAUGCACAAGAGGCACUGGACUUUUAUGGGGAAGUUAGGACCAGGGAUAAAAAGGGGGUAACCAUUCCCAGCCAGCGUAGGUAUGUUUAUUACUACAACUACUUGCUGAAGAACAAGCUGGAAUAUAAACCAGUCGCACUCCUCUUCCACAAGAUGGUUUUCCAGACUCUGCCUAUGUUCAGUGGGGGGAAUUGUAGGGACAGUACUGUUAAAAACAGGAGUGAGGUGAAUCCCCAGGGCUUCAAGAAAGGCAGCUGGCACUGGGACCCUCAGUUUGUUGUGUAUCAGUUGAAGGUGAAGAUCCACACAUCAAACCCGGCCCACACACGGAGGGAAGAAAAGCAUAUGAUCUUUGAGUUCCCUCAGCCUCUUCCUGUAUGUGGUGACAUAAAAGUGGAAUUCUUCCACAAACAGAGCAAGAUGAUGAAGAAGGAUAAAAUGUUCCAUUUCUGGAUAAACACGUUCUUUAUCCCGGGUCCCGAGGAAGCGGGGGAGAAAGUGGAGAAUGGGUCUGUGGUCAACGAUGUAGACAGCCUCUCCUCUGAAAGCCAAAGCUCUCUGGCGGAGAGGGAGAGAGAGAAGGAGCGAGGAGUUGGAGGAGGACUUGAAAGAGACAAAGCAGCUGAAAGGGGAGGAGAGCGAGCGGGAACAGCAGACGGAGAUAAAGACUACUUGAUUCUGACCUUAACGAAGAACGACCUGGACAAGGCCAAUAAGGACAAAGCUAACCGUUAUUUCUCACCCAACUUCAAGGUGAAUUUGUACUUCACCAAGACGGUCGAGGAGCCCUCAAACUCAGAAGCAAGCACUUCAACUUCUGUCACUCCGGAUGUGAGCGACAAUGAACCUGAUCACUACCGCUAUUCUGACACCACUGAUUCAGAUCCUGAAAAUGAACCUUUUGAUGAGGAACACCACACACAGAUCACAAAAGUGUGAACACUUUGGCAUCUGCACACACACACACACACACACAAACAUACAUGCCGGACAAAAACAAGACAAACCAACCAACACCAGUGAAAUAAAAAAGGAGAAAACUUGAAAAUAAA